UUGUCCAGCUACAACAUCAAUCAGUCAAGCAGCGACUUCACAAGAAACCACAUCAGCCAACAUGUUCCAAUACUUCAUACUCGCUUUGGUGGCGGCUGCAUCAGCCAACGUCUACCACGACGGUGCUUGCCCUGAAGUGAAGGUUGUCGACAACUUCGACUGGUCAAACUACAAGGGAAUCUGGUACGAGCAAGCCAAGUACCCCAACGAGAUUGAGAAGUUCGGAAAGUGCGGAUGGGCUGAGUACAUCCCAGAAGGUGAAGGUGUCAAGGUUAAGAAUGGCCACAUCAUCCAAAACAAGGAAUACCUGAUCGAAGGAUCUGCCAGACCCGCUGGUGCCAAGAAUGUUGGAAAGAUCUUACACAAGCUCACUUAUGGAGGUGUUACCCGCGAGAACCUUCUUAACAUCCUCGCUACUGACAACAAGAACUUCUACAUCGGAUACUUCUGCAAAUACGACGAGGAGAAGAAGGGCCACCAAGACUUCGCCUGGGUGCUCACCAAGUCCAAGACUCUCGACGGAGAAGUGAAGACCGCUAUUGACAACUACCUCCAGGGAUCCACAGUCAUCGACAACUCCAAGCUCCAGUACAAUGACUUCUCUGACGAUGCAUGCACCAUCAAGAAGUAGAUAAUAAUAUUAUUAUAUAUAAUUAAGUGUCCCCUUAUUCCACCCCAAGCCCACUAACUGCAAAGUUGAUGCUAUUUCAUGGUAUUACUGCUCUUAAUCUUCUACGAUUAUAGCAUGACGGGAUGUUAGAAGAUUAAGUGAUAAGAUUUUAUAUUUACAAUGAGUGUAUGUAGUUUAAGAUAAUAGUGUAAUUAACAAAUCAAUUCCGCAAUAAAACUAUUAAAAAUAAUAA